CGCGUAUACGGCGUGCUGCGUGCCCCUACACGGACUCUCACAACUUCUCGUUAGUUUCACUCCGGUGCAGUAGCGGGGCAACAAUGGCGGUUAUCACGCUGCCAGUGACGUUCCAAAACUCGUUCUGGUCGCAGGAUUAUCGGAGUGGUCUGCAGGUGCUGUUUAAUCAGCUGGAGAAGGGUGUCGUCGAAAAUGAAGAGAUUGCAGCAUUUAUCAGGGCGAGAGCAGCUGCGGAAAGUGCGCUCGCAGCCACUCUAACCUCCGCAACCCCUGGCACUUUCCUUCAGGAGGACGGAGCAUCCCUUCACCUCGCCUUUCAUGGUCUCAAGGAAGAAUCGAUAGCGCAGGGAAAGUUGCAUGCAGAGGCAGCCAAGGACCUACAGACAAAGAUUGCGGAUCCAUUCUCAGAGUGGGCGAAAGGCUACAAGGAGAGACUCCAAUCAAGCCGCGCGAACAUCCUAGACGGGUUCGUGCACGCGUACGAGCAUGUCCAAAGUGACGUUGCGAACUUGAAGAACAGCUAUGUCAACAAGACUCACAAAGCCGACGAAUUAGAGGACGACGUCCGGUUCGCACCUAUCUCACAGCCCGUCGGCGAUAUAUACACUUCACCCAGCCUCGUACCUCGUGACAAACGCGUGCCCCGCACACCCGUUCGCCAACCAACCAUGUCUGAGCGUAUCACGGCGCGACUGAAAGAUUUCAAAUUGAAUACCUCUACCCCCCGCGCCGAAGCACCCGCAGAUCAGACUCACGAAGUGCACUUCGACGCGGACGCUGAAGAGAAAGGCCCCGAUUCUCCGAGGGCGGACAAAGGCAAGGGUCGUGCUGUUGACCCGGAGGCCCCUAUGCUGGCCUCACCGCCGCCCAUGGAAACGCCACUGCCGCCUCCUAGGCUUGCAACAGAUCCGGUACCUCCUCCGCCGGCACCACCCAUUCUUGUCGCGGGCGUCGCUUUUACGCAUCAAGAACUUUCAGCUCUAAUGACGCGAGCCAAGGCGGAGCUUCCUCUUCGGUCUGUGCGCUUCCCCCUGCUCGGCGAGUACCACGACGCAUUCUCUGGAGAAGAGUUCACCAUGUGGCUCCGUGAGAAUGUCAAGCAGCUCGACGGAGACCUCGACCGAACGGAAGAAGCUGCGAAAGAGCUUGCGGAGAGACAAGGACUGCUCCGCAGGCUGGGCGAGCUCGGUAAUGUAUUCGAGAACGCCGACGAUGCGUUCUAUCAGUUCCGACCGAAGGCAUUCAAUUUGGAGGUCCCGAAGCCCAAGGAUGAGAAGAUCCUGUCACCUUUGCAACAUAACCUGAGUCCGCUUGCCGAGAACGUCGCGAAGAGGACUGCGGGCUUCGCCAGCCUCGUGACGAAGGCCUUAAACCAGAAUCAAGCGGGAGAAGCCCCCUACGUCAGGGCGCGCCGUGAGGCUGAGUCUGCGGACAACGAAUACCGCAUAGCUGUACGGAAACUAGACAGGCAGCGCCUCGGUCUUGAGGAACGAAUUGAAGAUACGUUGAAGACAUUGCAGAAGUGGGAGCUCGAUCGUCUCAGGGCGGUAAAAACUGUCCUUGGCCAAUACCAAGCAUGCCUCGAAAGCCUCUCGAAGGGCACUACCCCAUCCCUCGAACGCUCAUCGACACUCAUCGCUUCGUAUCAGCCUGAGUCAGACUUGAAGGCUCUAAUUGAGCAGCACCGCACUGGACCGUUCCGUCCUAACGCGCAUGUGUACGAGUCCGUCACGCACGACGAGUCUGAUGUUGUCUUUGGCAUCGACUUACGCAAGUGGGCUGAUUCCGGCUUCUGGUCCACAAACAGCUGGGCAAGUAGCCCAGAGCAAAGGGAUAUGAUUCCCCCCGUCCUAACCGCUCUCUUCGGUGCACUCACCGAGGCGUACAGCAAACUUCCCGGUGACGUGGAGAAGAGGAAGACGUGGAUCUACGAGGUACCCCUUGUCGCCUCCCACCACCUCCGGGAAACCCUCAACGCGGUAUCUGCCACGCAGGCAAUUCCGGACGACGCGCUCGCUAAGUACGACGCACCCGUUAUCGCCAGCGCUGUCAAAUUGUGGGCACUUGAGUUAGAUCCUCCGCUCUGCAUGUACGAAAGCUGGGACGAGUUCAGGAAGCUAUAUCCCACGGCAGGCGCCAUGAAUCCAGAUGAGCAGCCGUCUGAAGAGCAGCACAUCCAAGAAUUGCAGGCCGCUCUGCAAAAGCUGCCCAGAAUUCAUUUGAUCGUACUCGACACACUGCUCAAGCAUCUCAGAGACCUCAUUGACAGCACCGCGGAGGGAGAUGAACCUAAUGAUGUGUACAUCAACAAGCUCGCGCUCGGUCUGGGAAGAGCGAUCUUAAGACCAAGAGCUGAGACUAAGUUCUCCAUUCAAGACCGCCACCCCACACUUUUGUUCAUCGACUUACUCUCGAAGUAUGCGGCCAUACUACCUCCGACGGUGGAGAAGAAGAAGCGGGAGUUUGAACGUAAAGUGCCCGUUCGCAAGCGCACGCGGCCCACGGACAUGCGGAUGAGCCGUAGUCGUAUCUCGGCGGGUGCCGACCUCAAGGAGCUCCAAGCGCAGGCCCUUGCGCAGCGCGGUCUGAAGGUCAAGUCUGAGCCCACCGUGCCUCCCGUACCUGCUAUAUCCGAUAUGCACAAAGACGCGCAACAGCUGCCGAGUCCGGACCAGUCCGCGACUUCAGAGUCAUCUGCGGUCACCGUCAGUGACGAGCCUGAGUCCCAGCCACCUCAUGACGAAAUUGCGGCGAGGGAUAACGGCAGCCCUGACUACUCGAGGAUUCCACCGCCGCCUUCCAAAGAGCAGUCUGUCGAUUUCUCGAAGAUCCCACCGCCACCGCCGUUGGCGUCCCGUUCGCCUGUAUCACAAGUGCAAGCACCAGUUUCUAAACCACCAGUGGAUAUGCCUCCAGUGUUCAAGGAGCCGCCUCCGGAGGAUGAAGAUUUGCCGCCCCGUCCCAUGUUCAAGGAGCCUCCACCCGAGCUAGGUUCCCCAGAGGCACCUCGCUUCCGUGAGCCUCAGAUGGCACCUGCUGCACGUUCAGACUCCCCGGAGCUCCCCAUGCCGACGUUCAAGGAGCCCCCUCGGGAGCCUGUCUCACCUGCGGCAACAUCGCCAGGGAUACCCAGCCCUAGCUCCGCAAGCCGCCCAACGUCUCCGAAGGUCGGCUCAGCUUCAUCGCGCAGCGUCUCUCCCGUGAAGCCGUCGCUGUCGAGACAUUCGUCCGUGACGAGCAGCACGGGUGGUAUCAGCCCCAGCACCCGAGGACCGCGCCUGGCGCGCGGCCCCCGCCCGAGCGGCAGCUCCGUCAGCAGCAUGGUGAGCAACUUCAACAACAGGUCGUCGAUCACCAACACCGCUGGCCUUGCCCGGCCUGGGAGCCCUGCGACUGGCCACGCCAGGUCGCCCUCGCGACCGACCGGCCAGGUGAAGCGCAGCAGCGCGAGCCGCGCAUCUGCGUUCGAGCGCAGGACGAUGCACAGCGACGCGGAAGAUGAAGUCACUCAGUAAAGUAUAGGGUUCUCUUUCAAAGCUUCGGGGACGUUCGAUUUGAUAUGCAGCCUCAGUUUCUUCAGACGGACCGCUGGGCGUGAAAGUCUCUGCUAUGUACCUAAC